UAUAGAAAAUGUACGAUGAAGAAGAUUACGAUAUUUUGAUGAAAAUAAUUAUCGUUGGGGAUUCGGGAGUGGGCAAAACGAAUUUGGUGAAUCGCUUCGCAUAACAAAAAUUCCUGGAUGACAGUAAACCAACAGUGGGAGUUGAAUUCUUCUGUCGCAACAUUGAUAUAAUGGGAAAAACGAUAAAGGCCUAGGUUUGGGACACUGCAGGACAAGAGAAGUAUUUAUAGUGUAAAUAGAGAUUUCGAGCAAUAACUUAUGGAUAUUAUAGAGGUGCCUUGGGAGCUAUGAUCUGCUAUGACAUUACUAAGGAAUAAUCUUUUUUGAAUGUGGAGAAAUGGAUAGAGGAGCUGAGAGAACACGGUGACAGCAAUUUGGUGAUGAUGUUGAUAGGGACUAAGUCUGAUUUAGAGAGUAAAAGAGUAUGGUAAUAAUUUCAAUUAGGUUGUGAGAAGUGAGGAUGGCAUGCAGAAGGCACUAUAACAUAACAUGGCAUUUUUGGAGACAUCGGCCUUGAAAGCAGCAAAUGUGGGCAAGGCAUUUUCGAUGUUGCUUGAAAGUAUGAGUGAGAAUUGAUUUUAGAGAUUUAUGUGGGCAUUGACAAUCAAGGGAAGGAAUAUCAGAAGAGAGCCAGUAUAAAGUUAACUUCUGAGCCAAUAACGAUUCAAAAUGCUUAAUCCGCGAAACCAGAUGAGAAUAAACCCAAGAAGCAAUGUUGUUGAGAAUGGUUUUUUAUUUUAAUUUAAAGUUAC